GCAACAGUGCCAACUCGACAACAUCAUGGCGGAAGAGUUCCUCCUCACGGCCGAGAAGAGCAUCGACCUGGCAUUCAAGACGCGCACAUGCCUUCCAGGCGACGACAUCACCCAGCACAUCACUAACGUCACGCAAAAGCUCCGCCUUGGUGCAGGUCUAGUUGCGACCACUGACAACCGAGUCGUGUGUACCAACGCCGGGGUUCUGCGCUACCGACCACCGAACCGGUACUGGCUCGACUUUAACCACAAGCGCUACACGCCUGCGUUGGACGACGGCGUCGUUGGCAUGGUCGUAGACAGGAACGCCGAGUUCUACCGCGUCGACAUUGGUGGCUCCUCGUUCGCCACGUUGGGUAUGCUCGCGUUUGACGGCGCCAGCAAACGCAACCGUCCCAACAUGCAACCUGGGUCGUUAGUGUAUUGCAGAGUGGUGCGAGCGGCAAAGGAUCUCGACGCAUGUGUGACUUGCGAAGCUCCCACUCAUUUGGCCAAGAAGGACUGGAUGACGGGGCUGGCUAUUUACGGCGAACUUACGGGCGGAUAUGUGUUCAAGGCAUCGAUCGGUCUCGCGAAAAGUUUGGUGCAAGACGAGUGCGCCGUGUUGGAAUCAUUGGGCCGCGCCAUUCCAUUUGAGCUCGCGGUGGGGGUGAACGGCGUCGUGUGGCUGAAUUCAAAGUCCAGCCAAGACACGAUCCUCGUGGCAAAUGCUAUCCUCAACUCCGAAGGCCUUACCCCCGCCCAGUGCGAAGCCAUGGUCGCCAAGUUGGUCCAAGAACAUGGAAGUAGUAGUAGCCAAAACUAAUACUCUUUACACACACUAGUUGUAAACUACUACUCCGGAG